GCACGGAGUUAUUUAUUUUAUUAGAAAUCCAGGGUUAGUCAAGAGAAUAUACUGUAGUGGUAUAGCUAGGUUGUCACACUCCAGUACAGUAGGUGGCGGUGUAUGCAAUUGUCAGUUGAUUGUGAUUUGCCAAUAAAACUUAAAGGUGAAGAAGGGCAACGCAACUACUGUAGUACAUUUUGUGUUGACCUGCCCACUUUCUAUAUCCUGGAAACUGUACUUAGACUAUGUUUUUUUUUUUUUCCGUAUGUUUGACAUAGGCUACAUUGUAGCCAAUAUGUUUCUGUCCGUAGAGUAGCCAGUUUAGAUUGUUGCAGCAUAUGUUUAUGCAGUGAAACCAUAUUCAACUAAAUCUAAAGACGUUGGAUGUUUUUUUAAUUGUUUGAUUUUACAUAAGGCGUCUGAAAAAAUGAAAGUGUGUUUCGUCUUGUGUGUGCUGAGCACGGUGGUAGUUAACGUUACUUGCUCGGGAGAAUAUAGUCGCUUCGACAAGUCAUUUAACUAUUCCCCGGGAAUGAUACAAGUCCUCCGGGAGACGCUCACGGAUUGGUCCCAGGAGGCGCACGGUUACCUUGUCCACCUUAUCGGGGCGCGGUCUGUUGAAACUGCACAGAAGUGUUUCUUUCAGUUGGUCAAGUAUCUGGCUGCGGUAGCGGCCAGUGGCGCAAAUGUGGUUAUGAAGUACCUCACCCAGUUCCUGAGGGCAGCAGGAGUUGAUGUUGAAAUGCCUGUUAACAGUAUCACCCCAGAUGCUGUGGUCUAUAUCGGUCAGUGGCUUCUGCUGGCUCUCAUUGGCUACUGGCUGCUGUCCCUGGCCUUCCGCUUGGUGGCAUCCACUCUGAGGCGGGUUCUGUGGCUACUGAAGCUGGGUGUGGUUGUAGGACUGUUUGGCUUGAUCCUAAGCGAUCACAGCGCUGGAACAGAGACUACGGCGCUGCGAUUGGCCGGCCUGGUGAGCGUCUGCGUCCUAUUGGGUAUAGGGCAUUCUGGCACCGGAGGCGACAAAACCGACCUGGAGGAUCAAGUGAGGGUGCUAGAGAGACAAGUGAGAGAAAUGGAGAGGAGGAGGAGGAGUAAGUGAGGGAUGGAUGGAUGGGAAUUGAAAGGCCUUGUUUUGAACAUAAUCUAGGAUCGUAAUCACGACAUUGUACAUAACGUUUUGGUAUUGUUUUGCAUAAUAAAGCAUUUGCAUUUUUCAUAAAGAUCCUAGUUAUUGUGUGUGAAACAGAAUUGACAGCUGAUUAGCUUGUUUUCAAGGAGACAGAGUAUGGUAUUUUCUGUUUAUUAAGGUGGAUAUGUGCAUUUCCUACUAAUUAUUCUGCUAUAAAUAUUUGUAGAAUAAAAACAAAGUAAACAUUCCAUAAGGUCUAAUGAUAUGGCGUUGGAAAUCAUAUUUUCAUGUCUACAGCGAUCAUCUUUCAUUCUCACUCCUCUCCAGUUAUGGUGGCAUACCACACAAACAAGUUCUCAAAUAAAACAAAAUGGAUACA